UACAGCUGUUAUGUUAUUGUUUAUAACACCACAAUUAAGAAUUCACUUUUUCAAAUUGUUCAAUCCAAAUAAAAAUAUGCAUUGAGAGUAAAUCUUAUUGAUAAUUUAUUGGAAUGUAAGAACCUUUCGGUAUAUUAUUUUGUUGAUAUUGAAGAUAUACGUUAAAACAAUUGAAGUGUCAAGUUAAUUUGAAACUUAAAAAUACUUUGGUUAUGGUUAGUGGUAACAAACAAGUGUGCACUUUACAUUAGGUUAGUGGGUUUGAUCUGCACUUCUGGGCCCAAGGACUUUAUUUCCAUACUUCUUGAGUGUAUAAGAAGUUUAUUUUUCAGGUGGACAUGUCAAACAGCGUCAGUUAUUGCAGACCAGCGGGAUUGUCCGAUGAUGAAGAUGAUGAUGAUGAUGGUUUUGAAUUUUCAAGAGAUUAUAGUAACAAAAAUGUAUAUAUUGAUAAGAUACCAGAGUCUAAGGAGAGCCUCUUUUAUUCAGCCUUAAAAAACAAUGAAAUUGACACAAUGAAAACUAUGCUUGCUAAUGGUUUUCAUGUAGAUCAACCUCUGAGAGGAGGCUGGUCACCAUUGAUGCAUGCCUGCUUACUUUGUUCUCUACCUGUCGUAGAGUUUCUUAUAAAAGCACAAGCAAAUGUAAAUUUCAGCAAAGAGCUAUUUACUCCAAUGAUGGCUCUUUGUAAAGCCAGUUCAACAAAUGAAGAGGAAUUAUUGAAAUGCUUGGAUUUACUGCUUAAGAACGGUGCCACAGUUGAUGCAACGGAUAGAAACGCUACAACUGCACUCAUGUAUGCUUCAAGUUCUGGCCAUAUUGACCUUGUGAGAAGGUUGAUUGAGGACAAGUGUGAUGUCAACAUUCAGGAUACAGAGGGUUGGAGUGCUCUUUUCCAUGCGGUUGCUGAGGGACAUGAGAAAGUUGUUCAGGUCUUGCUUGAAGGAAAAGCUCGUCUGGAUUUGAUUGAUAUAAGAAGAAGAACUGCAUUCCAAUUGGCUUUACAGAAAGGAUUUGAUGAUAUAGCAAAAUUAGUCAGCUCCAAAAAAGAAAAAACGGAGAUUAUUGGAAGACGAAGAACCAGUUUUGCCAAAUAA